UUGAAAGUAGAAAGUUUAAAGUUUUACAGGUUUUAUUACUUUUAUAAUUUAUUUACUGAGAAGUGUGGAAUUAGAUUUUUGUGAUCAAGCCGAUUUUCGGAUUUUGCAUGUCUCAGAAUCACUAGCGCAACGUCGAUGGGAUGGAAUCUCGAUUAUUUCGGAGCCAGCAUUUGCUGGGACAAGUGUGCAAUGCGCUGCCUCUUCAGAUCAGACACAUCAAGAAGCACCAGGAUACUUUCAUCAUAACUUCUGUCGGCAGGAAGUUCCAUACGUACUCGGCGGCCAAACUGCAUUUGUACAGCACCAGCGAAAUCCAUCCAUCGGAGAUCACUUGCCUCAUCGCGGACCCGCGCUAUGUCUACACAGCGUGCCAAGAUGGGAUUCGCGUUUUUAAACGCGGAAUUCAUCCGGAAUCCUUCCAUCCAGUGGCGGACGUUCGGCUUCUGAUGCCAUUUGGAGAGCUAAUCGUUGCUGUAGCGCGAAAUAGUUUGAUUGUAUUGGAAAGGGAUUCCGGUAAUGUGUAUCUGGAGCUUCCUUUUGCGAGUACGUUUAAAAUCUCCUGUCUAUGCCAUCCGGCGACAUACAUCAACAAGAUUGUCCUGGGCAGUGAACAGGGCAGCCUGCAGUUGUGGAACGUUCACUCGGCGACCAAUUUGUUCCAGUUUGCCGGAUGGGGACAGCCGGUGACUUGUAUUGAGCAGUCGCCGGCGUUGGACGUGUUGGCCUGUGGAUUGGCCAAUGGACAGAUCGUCUUGCACAAUAUCAAGACAGACACCACCAUCAUGAAGUUCCGACAGGAGUGGGGCAGUGUGUCGUCCAUUACAUUCCGCACCGAUGGCCCGCCUCUAAUGAUAACCGGAAGUGACGAGGGUCACCUGGUCGUUUGGAAUCUGGAGACGCAGCGUUUGGCCUCUCAGAAAGAAAAAGCCCACAGCGGUCCUGUGACCGGCCUGAAAUGCUUCCCAUCCGAGCCCCUCCUAAUCACCUCCUCUCCUGACAAUUCCAUUCGUCUUUGGAUAAUGGAUGAUGAGAUGUCCGGGGUGCGACUGCACAAGUUCAAAGAGGGCCACGCGGCGCCACCAAAUCGCAUAGCGUUUUACGGCGACAGUGGCACAACGAUAUUGAGCGCUGGAAAGGAUUCCUGUUUGCGUGCUUUUUCCUUGGAAGCCGAGUUUUUGGGUUUCAGUUUGGGAAAGGCUUUGUUUAAUCGCAAGCAGGCGAAGAAGAGUACGAAAACCGAAAGACGGAUUAUGCCGGAAAUCGUGGAUUUCUACGCGCAGCCCACGCGAGAAGGAGAAUGGGAUAACAUUGUGGCGGUGCAUAGUGAUUUACGAGAAGUUUCCACGUGGAGCUAUCAUCGACGAACUAAGGGAGCACACUUGCUGUUGCAUGAAAGAUUCCAAAAGAAUCUGAAAGUUUUGCCGACUGCUGCUGUGAUAAGCGCAUGUGGGAAUUUUUGUUCGAUUGGUUAUUCAACAGGACACGUGGACCGGUAUAAUAUACAAUCGGGAAUUCAUCGUCUAUCGUAUGGUCAACCAACUGCUCACGUUGGCGCAGUUUCCUCCAUCGCUCCGGAUUCGAUGAACUUAUUACUUAUUACAUGUGGGGAUACAACGGUUAAAUUUUGGAAUUUCAAAUCUGGAGCGUUGCUGGAUGUAUAUGAUUGCGGAAUUCAGCCUAAAUUAAUGCGAACGUACCGCGAAAACGCGUUCCUUGCCGUUGCUUUGACUAACUUUGCAAUCGUGUUGAUGGACAUCGAAAUUCGAAGAGUCAUUCGCACAUUUGUUGGUCAUAAAGGCGGCGUAACUGAUAUGACAUUCAGUCCGAAUUCUCGUUGGCUGGUCAGUGCAGCACGGGAUUGUUCCAUCCGGGUGUGGGAUCUCAGCACGGCCAGUAUGGUGGACUCCUUUCGCGUGCCGGUUGUAUGCGUCAGUUUGACGUUUUCUCCAACCGGCGAAUAUCUGGCCACGGCCCAUCAGGAUGAUGUGGCGAUUUCGUUGUGGACCAAUAAAUCCGUUUAUGCGCCGGUGUUGUUGGCUAGUAUGGACCCCCAUGCCGAGCCGGAGUUGUUGCAGCUGCCUGAGACUUCCCUGGCAUCUCCUUCCGCAGAUAUACCGGUUGAAGACGAACCGAUGCCAGCACAGUUUUCGUCACCUGCACAACUUGUUGACCAUUUUAUCACCCUUUCUCUCCUGCCGGAACAUCGAUGGAAAAAUCUGUCGAAACAAGAUAUUAUACGGGAAAGGAAUAAGCCAAAAGAAGCUUUAAAACUGCCGGAAAAAGCCCCCUUUUUCCUUCCAACUAUUCCCGGUCUAGAAACGACUUUUGCAAUCACUUCCACUGAGCAGCAAGCAGAUAAAGACGCCGGUGCGAAGUCUCUGCGGAUGUUUGCAGCGUUGUCUCCCUUUGCCGAAUCUUUGGAAACGGAUGAACAAACGAAAGAGAAUGCUCAGAGACCUUUCGAUAUUCUGGCCCAGCUGCCGAUAUCGCAGGUAGAAACGGAAAUCAGGAGGUUGUCACCCGAAAACGGCGGGUCUCCGAAAAUGAUGUUGCGAUUUCUGCGAUGCUUGGCGGCAGGCGUAGAAGAUGGAAAAAAACAGGAAUUGCUGCAGUCGUAUUUGGAGUUGUUUAUAAAACUCCACAGUUUAGAGUUGAGCGACGGCGUUCAUCAGGAGACCCUCGCCACGGUAUCGGAAUUGAAGAGAAAGCUUUCUGAAUGUGUCGAACGAAUAGAAAACCUUGUCGAUCAGUCAUUAAGUGUUGUUUCCUUUUUAAAACAUGUCGCUCUUUGAGGUUGACUGCGAUUUACGUAGAGCACUUUCGAUGUUAUUUUAUUAAAUGACCGACACAAUACCACAACCGUUUGGUCGGUGUCAACAGGGUAGGGACUGGGCAAUAAAGAACGUACUGUAAUAAUUAAGCCGAAACAUAAAACGCACAGAUUAUGUGAUCCAUGCUUUGAAUUUUUAGAUCAUUCGAUAAAACAGUUUAUCUACUUCCAGAAUUUCUUAACCGAAGUGUUUUUAUCCGUAUC